AUGAACACAUAUAGACUUUCCAAUCGUUCUGCAAGAUCUUUUCUUAAUACUCAAUUAUCCCUCUACGAUUUCCUAACCCCAAGCUUCAUCAAUUUCCCCAGAUCAUCGCGCAGUAUUCGCCAUCUCUCCACAACCCCGCCAUCCUCCUCUACCACUGCAUCUCCAUCCCAUACUCAAAAUGCAAAUGAACACCAUACCAUCAAUCCAUCUCACCCAGCUCCUCGAGCAGGAGCAGAAGCAAUUAUCGAUGCCGCCCCAUCAACGAAACCCCUAACCCGAGCCCAAAAAGAUUUCCUCACCAGCGCCCUCCGGGUCAAUCAAGCCGGCGAGCUUGCCGCAACUCUAAUCUAUACCGCGCAAAUACCCCCCAUAACCAACGCUCACCCGCAUCUGCGCCCUCUCAUGACCCACAUGUAUGAUCAAGAAGCCGGCCAUUUCAAAACCUUCAACCAUCUGCUUGCAAAACAUCGAAUUCGCCCCACUGCCUUUACUCCCGUUUGGUCACUGGCUGCUUCAGCCCUGGGCUGGGGCACUGGCCUGAUGGGUCGUGAGGUGGCGAUGGCUUGUACUGAAGCCGUGGAAACGGAGAUUGGGACCCAUUAUAAUGAGCAGGUUCAAGUGUUGUUGGAGAUGCAGGAGCAGAUGAAGGCGCGCGGCGAGGAUAUGGGAGAGGAGUUGACGGAGCUAUUGGUAACAAUUAGAAGGAUACGAGAUGAGGAAUUAGAACAUUUGGAUCAUGCGGUUGAGCAUGAUGCGAAGAAAGCUGUGCCUCAUGAACUGUUGACUGGAGUCAUUAGAGCGGGGUGCAGAGGCGCUAUCUGGGUUAGUGAGAGGGUAUGA